AUUUGGCCCUGCCUAUUUAGAGGUAGACCGUGUGUGAUUUAAGUGGAGUGUAGAGGGAAGCGAUUCCCUGUGCCCUUCUCCCCCUUCUUGGACACUUAGAGCAUUUAUAAUCACCAACAUGACGGAGACAAUUAAAGGUAAGACGCUCCGAGAGGGACCGUUCUCGCAUCACGGAUCAUAAAAUAGGAGGACCUCCUCAGAAGUGUUUGUGUGUCGGACAUUGUUGUUUUUCGGCUACGUAUAAUGGCGUUUUCAAGUCUAGCAUCUGGCAAGAUUCCUUCUGUGUUGUCCAAGACGUUUAGUCAUCCACCACGUCCUCUUUCUGUCAUGGAUGCCUCUCAAGAUACUAGACGACUAUGCAAAUCCGAGCGAGGAGGGCGGGUAUCGGUGUGCAUAGGAUGCGGGGGAGUGAUCAACGACCAGUACAUCCUACGGGUGGCACCGGAUAUGGAGUGGCACGCGGCCUGUCUCAAGUGCGUCGACUGCCACCAGUUCCUGGACGAGUUCUGUACGUGUUUCGUGCGGGACGGCAAGACGUACUGUAAAAGAGACUACGUCAGAUUGUUCGGAGCCAAAUGUGAUAAAUGCGGACGCAUGUUCGAGAAGACCGACCUGGUGAUGAGAGCGCGAACCAAAAUAUACCAUCUAGACUGCUUCAGAUGUUCAGCGUGCGGGAAGCAGUUGUUGCCCGGAGACGAAUUCGCCCUACGAGAAGACGGCCUCUACUGUCGCCACGACUUCGACAUCUUCGAGAAGAAAGCCAACGCCGAGAACAACAACACCACCAAUAUAAACAACAACGAACUCAAAGUUUCAGGUGAGGUCAAAUCAGUGAGGAAAGAGAGACGAGAAGGAAAGACCACAAGAGUUCGCACGGUUCUCAAUGAGAAGCAGCUUCACACACUUAGGACUUGCUACGCUGCCAACUGCCGUCCGGACGCCCUCAUGAAGGAGCAGCUGGUGGAGAUGACGGGCCUCUCGCCCAGGGUGAUUCGGGUGUGGUUCCAGAACAAGAGGUGCAAGGACAAAAAGCGCUCCAUACUCAUGAAACAAAUGCAACAGGAAAAGGUAUGUGAGUUUGUCUUAUGCUUCCUGCAGGAGAAGCAGAUGGCGCUGCAAGGUAUAACCGGCGUUCCCAUGGUGGCGUCCUCGCCCAUACGCCACGACGGCGCGCCCAUGAGCAUCGGCAUGGGCGGGCCUCUGGACGUGACGGCCUACCAGCCGCCCUGGAAGAGCCUCACGGAGUUCGCCCUCACCCACGACCUCGAGAGACUCGAUCCGACCACGCCCCAGUACCAGCAGCUCGUACAACAAAUGCACGGUUACGGAGCCGAAAUGUGUUCGGCCACCGAACUGUUGGGAUCUCAGCCACCGCCGCAGCAGCCCCCACACCCACAGCAGUCGCAGCAGCACCAACAGCACCCCCACAGCGACUCCAAGUACGACCCCGGUCCCUUCGACGACUCGGUCCACAGCGACUCCUACGUGUCCUACCUGGAAUCCGACGACUCCAUGACUGCCCCCCUCAGCACGACCACCAGCCCCUGAUGGCCGAAACCCAGGGUAGUGACAGCGAUUUAGUUCAAGAGGCGAAGAAGCGAAGAAGAGAGAGCAAAGAAGAAGAAGAAGAAGAUAAAGAAGAAGAAGAAGAAACUGAAGAAGAUGGUCGUUAUUAUAUCGUCCCUUUCUUU